AUGAGCACCGCCCGUAGUGCCAAGUUGAUUGUGAAAAACGAGACGACGAACCAGUUCUUCAUGUUGCGAGCCCUGUACCGACUGACGGGCGUGGCAAACCAAUCGAGCGGCUGGCAGAUGAUCAAGCCGGAACACGACGGAACACCCGUCGAGAUCACGUUUCCCACCGGUGUCACCAGUCCCACGUGCGAGUUUCGACUCCAUGCCAUCAAGUAUCAAAUUGCUGAGGACCGUGAGUUGCCUGUCAGGACCAACAUACUACGCGUAGCUCUAUUAUGGGGUUAUUCAGGUUGUGAAAAAAUGAUUUUUUCCGUUUUUUUUCAGUUUUUUUACGUCAAAAAAUCCAAUUCAGCGACGUAAAAAAACGAAAAAAACGGAAAACAAACAUGCGCUGAAUAGCCCCAUUAUCUUUCCGCAUUCGCAAACCUCGAAUAUUACAGUCCUUCUCUACACAAAAUUUGCGAAAUAAAUGAAGGAGCGCCACGGUCUCCAGAGCUGACAAUAUGGGCGUGGCCUCGGCGACCGAAUGGCGUUUUCAUGAAUUGAGCCGGUUUUCUCUGAUUUUUGUGCUCAACGACGAUGAUAAAUGAUUGUGCGACAUGAAAACACACUAAUUCUCAGAAUUAAUGACGUUUUGGCGCAUUUUUCGGCGGACUUUACUUUUUCGCAUUCGUCGCCGAUCGCCGCCUCAAAACCGCACUUCUCAUUUUGCGCUUUCUUGACCGUUUUCCGACAUAAUUGGUUUUGAGAAUGAUAAAUCACGUAAAUACAAGCAUUUUGAGCGCUCAAACCGCGAAAACUACCGAAAAGAAACUGAAAUUCACUCAGUUUUAGCGAAAAACCUUCAAACGGAUAAAUGUGAUUUGCGACUUGACCAAAUUUAACGCUCUUGCACGGUCUCCCACGGUGCGAAUGAUUUCAAUGGGGCGCACUUGCAACAGGCGGGCUGUGUCGAUUUACGCGGCGGCCGAUUAAUUAAUUUUCAAAGGGAGUUCGCGUUCUUUCCAUGUUUUCUGUACAAUACACCUAUUUUUUGUACGCCUGAAACCUGGCGUCGAAUAAUUAGAGCACUUGCUACGUUUUGGUAACAGAAAUCUCGCAUAUCGUUGAGAAUUAGCCGAGUUAUUUCGAUUUGAAGGUUUUGGCCUGGAUUUUGAUGUUUUUCGAAUAGUUUUUGAAAACUGCUCAAGAAAACCAAUCGCCGAAACCUGAAUUUUGUAAAGAAAGAUUCAGCGAACAUCUUUAUUGUUCGUUGCGCUCAUGAAAUGCAAAAUGAGCUGAAAUAUAAAGGUUUGAAGUUUUGACGAAAUGCAAGAAAGACGCUAAAAACAUGAAAAACUCUAAAUUCUGUAAAGAACGGUUUCCAAUCAAUAAAAUUUUGUUUUCUUGACGUUUUUCAAGUCAAAAAGAAACAAAAAAAGGUCGUAAUCUCGAAUUGAACUGCAUUUUCAGACCUGCAACAUUUCAAAAGUUACAACGACACUCCGCAAUUUCCGAGCGCACUGUGUUUAGCAUUAGCGCCCUGGGAGACCGUGUCUUUUGCUUAAAAAAUUCGUAAUGGCCUAUACAAUUGGUCUAUCGAGAGACAAAUGAGAAAUUAUCGAUUUUUCGUAGCUAAUCUGGCAAAAAACACAAAUUUCGCUGUUAAAAUUUGAAUUUCGCGCCAAUUUAUCGCUCUAUUCGGCGGGGCGCACUUGCGCGCCCAUUGUAAGCUCUGGAGAAUGAGAACUUUUCAGCGGCGGACCCGUUGGCAAUCACGUUUGACGGCCGGCGUCUUGUGGUCGAAGAACUAUUCGUACCGGACAAGAACAACUGGUUUGAGCACACGUUGGUCGACGCGGACAACGAGGAAACCAUUGAAAUCGCCGCCAACUUUCCGAUUAUUUCGAUCAAAAGUGCCGGAAAAACUACUGUUCAUUUGUUUAGACGUGCUGAUUUGUAA